UAAUGGCCGUUGUUAACUUCUUUGCUGGCCGAUUGAAUUACGGCUCAUUCAAAUUCGAUCUUCAGUUUUUGUAAAUGCAUGAGCAGCUGGUAUACGAAUCUUAGAGACGUUUCCAUUGUUGAUAAUGUACUUAUGUACCAAUCAUGUAAAGCCAGUUCGUAAUUAGCUCAAAGUCGAUAUUAUAUCAAAUUGAAUCUAGCUUAAUUUUACUUUCCAACCACAGUCCUCUUUCUAUUGUCUAUUUGAUGAACUUCGUCAGUGAAUUGAGACCGAUUGUUAUGGUGAAUUCGAAUCCAGCUAUCGUUAUCGCUGCCGAUUGCAAUAUUCCUUCGACUAAAUUAUGGAUCUGGCAAGCGUUGGAUGGAUACUUUUCGUAUGUGCCAUUGUGCUCACCCAGUUACUUGCAUUGUAUUGUGUUUAUCUGUUUGUGUCAAAUCUCAAACCUUCGCAUGGCAAGGCAAUACCGUGUUCGCGUUGCCUUGUUGUAAUUGCACACCCCGAUGAUGAGACAAUGUUUUUUGCCCCAUUUAUUGUUGCUGAAAUUGAGCAAAACAGCGAAAUACAUUUGCUAUGCUUUUCGAAUGGCGGCUUCUAUGGAAAUGGUGAAAAACGAGCAAAGGAAUUACAUAAGGCGGCCGAAACACUCGGAAUAGCGAGUUCUCUGGUUACACUCUUAGACUGGCCACAUUUUCCCGAUAACCCCAAAGUCGCCUGGAAGCCCAAUGACGUCCGUGAAGUCAUUCUGGAUUACUGCAGUGGCAAACCUCAAAUUGACGCUAUUGUAACAUUCGACUCGUACGGAGUUAGUGGCCACCUCAAUCAUAUCGCAAUUUACAAUGGCGUUCGAAGUCUCGUAGACGAUUCACAAUUUAAUCAGCGCGUAUUUAUCCUCGAAUCGGUAUCCGUAUUCAGAAAGUACUGUCGGCCUAUCGACGAGAUCUGCUCCAUUAUUUGGCCAUCGCCGUACCGUUACCGGAUAAGCGACCGACAAGCUGCGCGAGUCCAAGCAGCUAUGCAGGCACACGAGUCUCAGCUGAUGUGGUUCCGCGAAGUGUACAGAAUAUUUUCUCGAUAUAUGAGAAUAAAUACUUUUGUGGAACUCAGCGGUCGUUUUGACCGACAUCGGCGUCGGGAACGUCCCGGUUCAAAAGCUAGUAAACCUCGCGUAGACCGGAAAAGCGUGAGCCCUCCAGGGAAGAAAACUUCAGGCCCACCUGUCCGAAACGAAAACGAUAUUGAAGUGGAACCUUACCAAAAAGGACCUAAAUCUCCGUUUAAGGAAGUUCCUUCGACCAGCAAAGAAAAACGUGAAGUCGGCAAAAGCGGUCCUGCAGGUCGUAAAAUUCCGCCAAUACCGAGCAAGGAAGAUGGUGAUAUGUCGAUGAAAAAACCUAUGAUUCCCUCUCUGAAUAUAGCACUUUUGCCUCCUGGGAAAACCGCUUAUAACGUUCCACGAAGUCCUAAAAUUCCAGGUAAAGAUAGUUCCUUCCGAACUAGAAAAAAACUCUCUGACUCCUCAGAAAGAACCAGCCCAUUAAACAGACGUCUUCCAAAAGCACCACCCCCCUCACGCGGCAAAUUCGAUCGCUUGAGUAGAUCUCCGCCAGGCAAAACGGCCUGUCCAAUAAGUAGGCCGAAAUUUGAGCGUGACAUAGGCAAAGAUUUAUCCCACGACCAAGUAUCUUCCGACAGAAAGGACCGUUUGUGAGGCAGACUCAUUAGUCUUUGUUUUGAAAAAGCGUGGUAAGUUAUCAUGGGACGUGGUGCAUAGCGCAUUGGACAGCAAUAGGCGCACAUAUCGUAUGCAGCGAAAUCUUUUAUGUAGUUGUCGUAUUCUUGAAGAACGUUUCGAGCUAACGCCAUUCAGGCUACAGUUGUUCUGCACAGCGAAAGCGACACUGGCCAUCUAAGUGAUUGUAUAUAUAUAUAUAUAUCUCAGUACUAAUAAAAAUGAUUAAAAAGAUUAAGUCGUACAGAUAUGGAUUUCUGUGUGAUAGAAACGCCGAAAUUAUAUAACGUUGAAGUUACUAAAAGGUUUAUACGUGAUGUAAACAUCAUCAAUAAAAAAUA